UCCGGGGUCUGUGACUUCACUCCGAGUCACCAUUUUCUUCGAUCUUUCGUUCAUACUCUGGAAUUGUCUCCUUCUCUACCAUCUUAUAGAAUUUUCACCUCUAUAGAACCCUAAUACUCCAACAUGAAGCUCUUAUCAAAGGAUGAAGAGGAUGCGCACUACAGCUCCGUCCUCAAAGGCGGCACCCUGGGCACACUCGUCGGUCUCGCCGCAGGCGUCGGCGGCGUAAUGUUCGCCCAAAAACGCUACGCCACAAUCCGCAACCUCACCCUCCCCAUGAAGUCCUUCCUCGUCACCUCCUCGGGAACCUUUGUCGGAAUCAUCUCCGCCGACAACGCCUCGCGCUCCUUCGAAGCCUCCCGCAACGCCGAACGCCAAUGGUACGAGAACCGCGAGCAGCGUCUCCGCGAGGAGGGGCUGCAGGGCAUGAGCUUUAUGGACCGUGCAUUCGCGUUUGCCCGUCAGGAGAAGUACAAGAUUGUCAGUGCUACGUGGGUGGCUAGUAUGAUUGGGUCGUGGGUGUUUGUGGGCCGGAACCCGUAUUUGUCUGGGCAGCAGAAGCUUGUGCAGGCGCGUGUGUAUGCGCAGGGUCUGACGCUGGCGGUGUUGGUUGCGUCGGCAGCGUUUGAGAUUUCGGAUCAGAGGAAGGGUCGUGGGAUGUUGAAGCAGGGGCGGGAGGGUAAGGGGGCGGAUAUGAAUGCGGCGGCUAAGGAGAAGGUUGCGGAGGAGCAGCAGGGGGAUUUGUGGAAGGAUAUGGUUGCUGCUGAGGAGGAGAGGUUGAAGCAGAAGCACCAGUCGUUGUACGAGAAGCCGCAGGCGCAUGCUGAAGAGCCUGUUGGUCAGGGUGAGAAGGGUGAGAAGGGUGAGAAGAACGAGAGUGAGAAGGGGGGCGAGAAGAAGGAGAAGAAGAAGAAGAACUAAGUACAUGCUUGAUUCUGUUUUGACGACACAAGGCAGGUCCUUCUCUGUCUGUUGGAUAUUUGGGUGCAUUUUAUGUGGUAAAAA